CGGGAGCUGCUGGGCGGGCGGCGCUCUCCGUCCUCCUCCUGCUCACCAUCCUGCUCCUCCUCGUCCUCCCCGUGCUGGUGCCGCUCGUGGCCGCCGCGGGCUCCCCGGGGCGUGGGUUUACCAACACCCCCCAAGAAAGUGCCCUCAGCCGAAGAUCCGCGGUCGUUCUGGUGCGGUCCGCGGGUUGCUGCUGUCGAAGAGCAUCCCCGUGUUUCCGGGGAAAAAUCGCUGGAGGUUUAUCAGACCACCCUUAAAGCCGCGGGGUCUCUUCCUGCUGGCCUGCUUUUCUGUCCUCCUCGGGGAUGUAUGUGAGCUCCUUUUGGUGUCUGUGUAAUAGCGUUUCCUCUGCAAAGGUGAGUUUGACUUGUCACGGCUCAACUGCCUGUGGAGAGGAAGCAGCACACGGCGUUUCUGCUUUUAGUGGGACAAACAGAUGUCACCCUGUGAAACACAAAUGUAUUUUAAUUCAUAUUUGUGCUUAAAACCAGACUCUCGUUUUGGGUUAGCUAAGAGUAGUGUGCACUACAGGUGGUUUGGCACUUAAUUGGCCUUGGGCUUCUGGCAGCUGUGUCGUUUUUUGGCUAAUACCAAGCACAUUCAGGCCUGGGAAGAGAAGAAUAAUACAUCACAAACUGGCUCAAGAGCCCCAGUCUUUCUGGUAAUUACCUGACUCUGUUAAACUCUCAUGGUAAAAUGAGUUUCACUUAAAUGCAAGAGAUGCUUGUAUACAUCUAGCGAGCACGCUUCUUUUCUGGAUAUUCAUCUUAGAAGUUGAUACCAUUGCGCACAAAGUAAAGCUUUCUAAACUUCUGUUUAAAGUUAUGUUGAAAAAAGGUUUACAAUUCACAGGGAAAGAUAAUAUGAGGUCACAUUUCAAAUAUCUAAUGCUUUAACUUUUUUUUGCAGAUUAAUAAACGUACUGAAGCAUUUUAUGGAGCUAGAAUGGCAGUGAAAGGAAUUUUAAUUAUUUACUUCCAAUUAGGUAUUUUAAAUAGAGAAACAUGGGGUUAUUUGGGGCCUUGUUUUUGAAAUUUUAGACCUUCAGUUGGUCAUGAGAAACAGGAGUUAAUCUCAGCGUUUGAAUAUUUCCUCUUUUCUAACAGUAAUACUUGACUAAAAUGUUGAAGUUCAAAACGGCUUAUUCAUAUUUUGGUUUAGCUUUUUCCUAUAAGUUACUUUAAAUUAGACUGUGAAUUUUAAUAAAUAUUUUGACUGGAAUCUUUCACUUGGAUUCUGUAGCUUUGCUUUUGAUUGUCCAGCUUGAACUAGGACUGCAAGAAUGUGUUAUGCUUAUGCAAGUGAUUGGCAUGAAAGGUUAUUUUUUAUCUCCACUGUUAUCUAAGAGUUUUACAACUAUUCAUAGGGUGCUUAUUUUUAAAACUUUGACAUUUUCUCCAGGUUUAAGUUUGUUUUAUAAUACAAGUUCCUCACUGCCAGAAUGAGGCUAGUGAUUCUUGAAGAUUAUGAUCAGGCUAGUGAAUGGGCAGCAAAAUACAUCUGUAAUCGUAUUAUCCAGUUCAAGCCAAGUCAAGGAAGAUAUUUCACGCUUGGUCUACCAACAGGUAGUACGCCUUUGGGAUGCUACAAAAAGCUGAUAGAAUAUCACAAAAAUGGAGAUCUCUCUUUCAAAUAUGUAAAGACUUUCAACAUGGAUGAGUAUGUAGGGCUCCCCAGAAAUCAUCCAGAGAGUUAUCAUUCCUAUAUGUGGAAUAACUUCUUUAAGCAUAUUGACAUAGAUCCAAAUAAUGCUCAUAUCCUUGAUGGGAAUGCUCCAGACUUACAGGCAGAAUGUGAUGCAUUUGAAAAGAAAAUUGAAGAAGCAGGAGGGAUUGAUCUGUUCGUUGGAGGCAUUGGUCCAGAUGGCCACAUUGCAUUCAAUGAACCCGGAUCAAGUUUGUCUUCAAGAACAAGAUUAAAGACUUUAGCAAUGGACACCAUUUUGGCAAAUGCUAAAUACUUUGAUGGAGACUUAUCUAAAGUACCAACUAUGGCGCUAACAGUUGGUGUGGGUACAGUGAUGGAUGCUAGAGAAGUGAUGAUUCUUAUAACAGGUGCACAUAAGGCUUUUGCAUUGUACAAAGCAAUCGAAGAAGGAGUCAAUCAUAUGUGGACAGUUUCUGCUUUCCAGCAACACCCUCGCACUAUCUUUGUGUGUGACGAAGAUGCUACUUUAGAACUAAGAGUUAAAACUGUGAAGUACUUUAAAGGUUUAAUGCAUGUGCACAAUAAGCUUGUGGACCCACUGUACAGUAUGAAAGAAAACUGAAAGAAGAAUUGAAGAGGAACUCCAUGUGGGUCAACAGCAACCGUUUUAGGUAGCAGAUGAGUUCACUGCUAUGCAAUAUGCUGAAAACCGUUUAAAAUGGGGAAUCCUAGGUACUGUAUUUUUUAAAAGGUCCAAUAUCUGUACAUUCACAUUCCAUCUGUUUGCUGUGUUGUGCAUUUUGCUUUAACAGUUGGAGCUCUGCUGUUGGGUGGUACAUCACUAAAUGGAACAGAAUAAACCUGUGAGAGACUGCAUGUUAUGUAGAGAGGGGAAAAGCAGAGCACUUACUCUAGCACAGCAGUGUAAUGCAUCUGCCUUGUGUUAAAGAUGAUACUUUAUUUCCUGGAAUUUGUAAUUUUUGGCUUGAUUAGUGUAACUACAUUUUGCAUUUGUGUCUCUAGGCAGAAUGGUUUUGGCCUUUGUCAAUACUAUGGACUCGUAAUAGUUGUACAAUUUCUACUAUGAAACAUUCUGUUUACAUGUAUCUAAUAUACACUGAGCUUUUGCACUUGGUUGCCUUAAAUUUAUCUUAAACAGUUUUUGGGCAUCUCAAGACCUGCUGUAUAGUUCAGACAAAUGAAAAUACAAGAACAGUGCCUAAAAAUGCACCAAAUUCUUGCAAGUUAUAACUUACUCCACGGAUAAAAAUAUUAAACUUUGCCAUAGCA